GUGUGUGCAUGCGUAGGCGUUGUGCUGUUAUGGCUGUUAUACACAGCUGAAUUGAGGGAAUUGAGUUCAGUGAAGAACACUUACUCUAGGGAAUACAAAUAACUGAAAUAUUAAAGAGUGACUUAUGCUUUGAGAUUUAUUAAAAGAGAAAAACAAGUUUGUGCUACAUCAACAGUCUUAUUACACUUCACGUGCAUAUUAAAAACAUUGUAGAUAACCCCUCUUUCCUCAUAGCGCCUUUGUCCACUGUGCACUGUUCGAAGAAACAAAGCAGAAAUCCAAGCGGGCCUUUCAAAUAUAUGUUAGAUUUCUUAUCGAAUUGAUAAAAUGGAAAUUUUUAAGACAAGACGAGGAAAAUUUUGUGUUUCUUUUCGUGGAUACACUUAUACAGAACGGAACAGAGCGAGGGGAAUGAUUUAUUGGAGAUGCAGAAACCGGAAAACCUGUUCUGGCACACUCGUCACACUAGCCGCCGCAGUUUCGGCCUCGGGCCCGGAGGGUUACGGCGAGCCCGAGGAGAAGAAUCCCCACUCCCACCCGCCCGAUAUGAACGCCGCAGCGAUUGAACGUGUGCAGUCAAUAAUAAAUGAACGUGCAAGGUCUGAACUGACGAGUGUCCCAGAUAUAUAUAGACAAGAACAAAUGAGGUUGCUUCUUGAAAAUGAGAGUGCUGCAGCAGCCCUUCCACCUUUGAAAGCCAUGGCAAGUUGUGCUUACAGAUCAAGGAAAAAGUCGCUUCCAACACAAAUCGCCAAUCUCACAGGAAUCACAAUGGAACAGCCUAUUCCUCAGAAUACGACUGGUAAGCUAUGGGGAGGGCGUUUCACCGGCGACACUGAUCCAGUCAUGGAGAAGUUCAAUGCCUCGAUUGGUUUUGAUAAUCGCAUGUGGAAGGCUGACAUAGAGGGCAGCAAAGCUUAUGUAAAAGCUAUCUGCAAAGUUGGACUGGUCACAGAGGAGGAAAAAGAUAUGAUAACCCAUGGUCUUACACAGGUAGCAGAUGAAUGGGAGAAGGGACAGUUUACAAUAAAGCCUGGAGAUGAAGACAUUCACACUGCCAAUGAAAGAAGACUCAAAGAAUGCAUUGGACCAGUUGCAGGAAAAUUACACACAGGCAGAAGCAGAAAUGACCAGUGUGCUACUGACAUGAGGCUAUGGCUGAGAGAUAGUCUAGAAUACAUGUACCCGAUGGUUAAAAAUCUCAUCAAUGUACUUGUACAGAGAGCAAGACAGGAGGUCGAUGUACUGAUGCCAGGGUACACCCAUAUGCAGAGAGCACAGCCGAUCAGAUGGAGUCACUGGCUUCUAAGUCAUGGUUGGGCUUUACAGAGAGAUGCUCAAAGAUUAAAGGAGCUACAAGCCAGGGUCAAUGUCAUGCCUCUUGGAGGAGGUGCUCUUGCAGGAAAUCCAUUCAAUGUCAACAGAGAAGUCCUUGCUCAUGAUCUCAAAUUUGGCAGCCCAUCGCCCAACAGCCUUGAUGGUACAAGUGGGCGUGACUUUGUAGCAGAGUUUCUCUUCUGGGCUUCGAUGACAAUGGUCCAUCUAAGUAAGGUCUCUGAAGAUCUUAUCCUCUAUUGUUCCAAGGAAUUUAGCUUUGUCAAGCUAGCUGAUGCUUACAGUACUGGAAGUAGUUUGAUGCCCCAGAAGAAGAAUGCAGAUAGUUUAGAGCUGAUCAGAGGGAAGACAGGAAGAGUGUUUGGCAAAUGUUCUGGAUUCUUGAUGACACUGAAGGGGUUGCCUAGUACAUAUAACAAGGAUUUACAAGAAGAUAAAGAGGCCAUGUUUGAUGCAUAUGAUACACUCACAGGUGUAUUACAAGUUGCUACUGGUGUGAUAUCAACAUUGACAAUCUUCCCUGAGACAAUGAGAGCUGCCCUUAGUCCUGAUAUGCUUUCUACUGAUCUAGCUUAUUAUCUGGUCAGAAAAGGAAUUCCAUUCCGUGAAGCUCAUGGUUUUUCAGGAGAGUGUGUUGCCCUCGCUGAGCAGAAGAACUGCUCACUUGUUGAUCUCACUAUGGAAGAUCUCCAGUCCAUAAAUCCGUUAUUUGAAGAAGAUGUUGUGCAUGUCUUUGAUUAUGAGAACAGCGUUGAACAAUACAGCAGCUCAGGGGGAACCAGUAAACAGUGUGUUCUGACACAAGCGUCUCAGCUAGAAAUGUGGAUCACUUCUCAUUGAACAUCUCAACAAACGUGGAACAGUGGGAACAUUGUGAGCUAUGUAUACUGUUGGAGAUGACAGAUGGGUAAACCAGGAGGGUUGUGUGAACAGUGUUUCAGCACAGCUUUUUGAAGCCUCUUUGAUCCCCCAUAUGUCAAACAAAGACUUCUCCUGAAUUAAGGAUUCAUCUUGGAUAAGCAUUUGUAUGUUCCUAUAACAACCAAGAAAGACUCAAGGAAUAUGUAUUUACAACUUGAUUAGCAUAACUCAAAAAAUAUUAGUUUGCAUGCAUUACAUUCUUCUUUGUGUUGUGUCUGUAGCUUCCUAUCUUAUCUUUGCAUUACUGUUUGAAUUUAUAAAGUAGAGCUUACUGUGAGGAAAAACUGACCAAUUGUGAUUGCUUUCAUGAUUGUUUCUUUCAAUUAUACUUAUUAUUACAUUUGUUAAAGCUGUAUGAAUGCUAGUAUACAGGAUUCAAGUCUGCAUAAAGAUUAUAUAAUACAUUUAUUCUAAUAUUUCAAAAUUUAUUAAUCGGAAUGUCAUUUUCCUUUGGUUGAUUUUUUAUUAACGAUAUUUGAAUAAAUGCACUCUCAGUGAUGUUUUAAAUAGAGCGUGUAUGAACACAUUCUUCAUAUGAAGAUAUUUUUUGAUCAACUUCUCCCACCUUUUAAUGCGGAUUGCUUUCAUUUUGUAAGAUUGAAAUUUUAAACCACAUAAUAUCCUAUUUUACUGUGUAAAUACUGCAAUGAAUGAAAACUUUGAAAGUAACAUUUACUAUAAAACCUGAACAUAAUAGCAUUUAAACUGAACAUUGCUGCCUUUUAUUUGACCUAUGAACCACCCGUCAGCUUAGCAAAUCCAGCAAUAGUGAAAGUGGAUUGAAAAUGUAAAAUAUUAGGAACUGUAUGCUUCUAUUACUGGAUUUUUAUCAACAUAGAGACUGGAUUGGUAAUUGUCAACACUCCCCCCCCCCCCCCCCCGGAACUGUCCUUAUAAUAGGAUAUGUUGACAGUUACUGUAUGUCAUGAGCCUUUUUUUUUUACUUUUAAAUUUUGUCUACUGUGUUUGUCACUUAAUGUCUGUAUGUUACUACAUAUUUCCAGUAUUUAUAUGCCAUCAAAAUGCCAUCAUGAGAAAUGAAAUUUUGUCAAAUGCCACAAUUUUUUUUGGAAUUUAUUUUUAAAAAUUCAUUUAAAUCAUUUAGGUCUAUGACAGGUUUUAUUGCAUUUUUACUAUCAUUCUGGUUUUUUUUUCUUGGUGUGGGAGGAGAGCAUCGGCACCUUACGUAAAGGUGUCCAGAAACGUAUUCAUUUAAUCUGAAAUGGCCUUCUUUUGCCAUGGCGAAGAUACUUAUUAUGGGGGAGAGAGUUUGGUGCAAUAGUUACUUUUUUUUUAAAGCAUUCCAGGUUUCAUAAUAAUGUUUAGAAUACAGUACAUCUGCUUUUUGUAUCAGUCAACUCACAUUGUACAUUGUAAGAAUCAUGGAUGUAAAAUUUACUCUGAAACUUCAAGAUUUCUAACCCCACUUUGAUUGGCAAAAUAGCUGUUGUAUACUUAGUAUCUGAAUCUAAAUGUGUGCUAAGUUGAUAUAUUUCUUUUGUUUCCAAAAGAUUUUUAUUUCAGCCUUUGGUGCACUUCACGAUCGACUGGCAAAAAUACCUGGAAAUUGCUCUUUGGUCAUAGAGUAAUUAUUCAUAAACCAGUAUAUCAUUUUAAUAGGUCAACAUUUAAUGAACUAUUUCAAUAUUUGAUGAAAUAAAUUUAAUGUUCACACGUUAGAGCUUCUUUUUUAUCUAUAAUUAGUUUGUCUGUUCAAGGUCAAGUACACACCAAAAAGCCAAUUUGAAUUAUACAGAACAGAAAAAAAAUGACAGUCAUACAGAUUGGAUGUGAAAUAUUAUUGUUUGGGUGGCGUUGACCUUAACAGAGCAAAUGCAUUAUCAUGGAGUAGUUAUAUUUCAUGUACAGGUCUCUCCAGCUCUGAUACAAUGUACAUGUUGGAUUACAUGUAGAUGGAGUAGCUGAGAUUAUAACUGUAUCAUGUAUAUUAUUUCAGUAUAAAUGUUUUAAGAAUUUUAGUGCAUGCUUAAGGCCUGGUCCCACUGGCCAAUGGACACAAGACAUAUAAUGGAUACAGUGGACAAGCAAAAUCAAUCCAUUUUCAUCCGUUCUAGACAAUGGACAGAAUGAGCAAACAAUGAAAUCAGUGGACGGGUGCUUGAUGGAUAUGGAGCAUAUGAAACACAUAUACAACAGAAAUAUAAUGUUUUCCAAUGGAUGGCAAGAUUCUUUUCUGUUUUACAUCCUCUCUGCAUCCGUAAGUGAAGUGGCACCAAGCCUUCAAAGUGCAAGACUAUAAUGUAUGUGAAAUAUAUGUACUCAAAUAUACUUGU